GUCAGCCGGAGGACGCCGCGUUAGCUCCACGGAAAAAUCAACAUUUUGGCGCAAAACCGGCGAGUUGGACCGAAAACUGGGUGUCAUCACCUAGCGCAUCACCAAAGAUGCCUGCCUGUGCCGACCAGGCUGGCGUGGCCCCUCAGCGGGCCGUGACUCUGUCGGAGCUGACGCCCCAUCUGGUGUGCCCUCUGUGUGGUGGAUACUACGUGGACGCCACCGCCAUCGUUGAGUGUCUCCACACGUUCUGUCGGUCGUGCAUCCUGCUGCACCUGCACACCACCAGACGUUGUCCAGUCGAAGGCUGCGACGUCCUGGUCCAGAAGGCACAAGGCGCCAGCGCAGCUAAUCUGAGGCCCGACGCCACUCUGCAGAGCAUCGUGUACAAAACGGUACCAGGCCUGCACCGGGAUGAGAUGCAGCGGCGUCGGCUCUUCUACGCCGACAACCAGGAUAAUGCUGCCGGCACACCGUCAGGCCCUAAAGCGACUGAGGAAGACCAAGGCUCGGCUUUCUACGACGCGAGUGAUAUCAUCGACCUACAAAUUCAGUACGCACCGCAAAGGCCGGGAGACGUCGUGCCCGUGCGGUAUCUACGAUGUCCGGCCGGGACGCCGUUAUCAGUGCUCAGCAAAUUCCUCCGCAGAAAAUACCAGCUCUCCGAAGAUCUUCGAGUGGAGCUGCUAUGCGAUUCCAGAAGAUUACCAGGCGAUAUAAAACUGUUGGACGUCCUUUACAUGGUCAACUGGGACCGGGUGAGAUACUGAAUACGUGCGUUGUGAGCGAUUAUGUAUUUCAUCGCAUUUUGUCAUCAUUACUGUACCGCAGAUAAUUCCCUAAAGUUUUUUUUUUUCGUGUUUAUACUCUAUCGAUUUCUUGGUGAUUUAAUAUCUCCUUUUUUCCAGGAAUCACCCGUGAAACUGGUCUUCAGGCUGCACAGAUCAGGGCCUGUCUUCAAAAGUUCGGUAGACGUACUUUCUGAACAGUCUUCUUCAAAAGUUCGCAAAACGAACAUAAAGAGCGCAUCGGCCUCAUGUGAUCCUGAAGCAAACGGUACAGGUGCAGGUCAAAAAGUGCAGACAAAGCUAGUGGCUAAAAAGGACGUUCCCAUAUCCAACGAUAAGAAAGCUGAAAGUGCGCAUGAGAGCCAAAUUAUUCCAGGCGGUCCAUGUGAUGUUGAGAAAAGCAGCAGGCCUGCAGGCGCAUGUUCGCUGGGUAGCUUAGGCUGUGCCAAAGAAAAGACAAACCACAGGAACACCAAUUCGCCGGCAACUGUAAGGCCAGUGUCAUGCGGUAGGUCUGAAGUGGAACCACCUUCAACAGCCAGGGACGAAAACAUCGAUAAAAGUCUGAAAAGAAAAAGCGCAAGCCUUACCGAAGCAGGCAAAGAUGGUGCCGGUGAUUCCACAGCAAAACCAAACAAGCGUGCAAAGCUAUCUGCUGAUGACCAAAAGCAAACGUCUGCCGGCAAACCUCAAGCAAAGUCCUUAAGUCAGACACAGAAGCGCGACAGCGCUGCUGCGUCCCCUCUGAAGCGUGUAGCAACUGAACCUGCUUCGCCUAAGAAGGAUGCAAUGCCACAGAGUACAUCAGCGAGUAAGACAGGUGAGCCUCACAAAAAGGAAUCUCGUACUCCUGGCAAUGAGAGGGUAACUAAAGAACACACUGUGUCAGAAAAGACAUCGGGCACAACCGUCCAAGACAGCAAUGGGAACACACUGAAGUCAAAAGAGGAGCAUCGACAACAGAGCAGCGUGGGAAAAGAAGGUCCCCGACAAAACAUCUCGUACAAGAAAGAGCAGAUCAAGUUGCCAGAAGCUUUUGUUGCCAUCCACAAGCAUCAGCCCCAUCAGCAGAAGAUCAAAGAUGCCACUUGCAAGCAAGCAUCUGCAGAACUGGCUCUGAGUAAAUGUGCGAGAUAUGGAGCCACGUCAUCAGCUACAGUCAAAACGAAGCGAGACGAAGGGAAUUCUCACAAGACCACUUCUCACGGGACCAAUACAUUUCUGUCCUCAUCGCCUCAGAUGAAAAAGGCUCAAACAUCAGUUUCAAGCCAUCAGGCUAGAAAAGACACUAGACCGAUAGCGCCAACGGAGAACAGGACCGAUGGCUCUACCGAGGUCAAGUCAUCCAAGCCGACCUCUCAGAAGCCUGCGAAAGAGACUAGUGUCGCGGGUGAGCAAAAGCCUGCAUCGAAAACUAUAUUUCUUUUCUCUGGCAUGAAAAAGUCACAGAGCAAUAACAGAAUCAUGUCGAUUGUUGAGUCAUUAGCACAGAAAAGUUUGCUGUCGUCAAGGACUAUAAAUGAAUCUUUCUCGACUGAUUCUAACCGACCGGGAAAGCAAACUGAUGCUGCCAACAGCACUGCUUGUUCCACUUCGACUGCGGCGUCGAAGGCGCAAGCAGUGACCAGUAGUGUCACGUUUGUCGCCCCCGGCUCCGUACCGGUGAGGUCAGCGGCCAUGACGCCCGUCCGCCCGGUAUCCUCGCCGCUCCACAUUGAGACGGCCUCUCUGAGUCUGCGCUACGGCAGUGCCGUGCCGCCCCUGUCCAGCCUGUCCCGGCCGUCAUCGUCUACCACCACCACCUCCUCGACCUCCUCCAGACCGGUGUUCCCCGUUCCUCCGCUGCCACAGAGACCCAAGAGCCAGAACGUGCGCGCCAUCCCAAACCCCUCUCUCCUUCGUCAGAGGUCUGCUGAGGAGCGUGCGCGGGACUCUGGCAAGGGCUCGCCGACGGCGGGAAGCACGGCCCCGGCCAUGUCUCCGCCCACCAUCAGGGACAUCCACAGCCUGACGAGGCAGCUGCAGGAGGCCGGCACCUCUGUCACAGUCACCAGUGCCUCUCGAUGAAGUCGCUGAUUGAGCAGACAUUCCUCAGCUUACACCACGUCUGGCAGGAAAACUGCGGGAGGCUCCUCGUCACAAUGAUUUGCACGAUUCGUGAAGGGUCAAUCCAGUCCCACCGUCUGAAGAGCACGCUGCUUCAUCGAUCAUUAGAUGUUUAUGGUUUGGUGGGUUGUACGGCAUACGCAAGUUCGGGAUAAUGCACUUGUUUAUGCACGAGGAAAUUGCACACAUGACGUGAGCAUAAUAUUUAAACACUUAAAGCUGUAUCGCUGUGCCUUCUGUAUUGCAUGUAUUUGUGCUGUUAUUGUACCUAAUUCGGGCUGUCAUGUACGACGUACGUAAUGAAGUACCUACAAGAGUGUGUUCCUGCGCCAUUCCUGUUCGGUGUGGAGUAUCGACAUAGUUUCGUGUAUGCAUGUGGGACGUUUUGGCCUUUGAUAACCGUUCUGGUGUUGACGAUGCAAGCAUAAUCUUGCUCUUAGAAAAUGUUUUUACCAAGUAACUAGAAUGCAUUAUUUACCUUGAGGUGGCCUUUCUCGUUAAAUUAGAUCUGUCGAAGUUGUAGUUAGCUACAAGGAGUUGUCAAUCAUUUGGAAAUAGACGCACGCAAGGACCUCUGCCUUGCUCACACACGUGAAAGUGAUUUCCUCAGAUGUGCUUGCUGUACGAGUGAUAAAUACAAGACGUAUAUAGCAA